AUGGCCGACGCGUACUCUUAUCCUCUGCUCGUUGAGCUCGAAGAAACCAACAUACCCAGAUUAAAAAUUAAGUUAUUAAAAUACUUUCUAAGUGAAGAAUCUAAUGGUGGUGAAUGUGAGGUUGAGUAUGAAAAUGGCAGCAGGACAGCAAUGGUGCACUUCCGGAGAGAAAGAGACCAGCGAAAUGUUCUGGCCAAAGAUUCGCAUCAAAUCAGUUUGGAAAAGAGUGUUUUGAAGCUGACGGUUUGUUUACCCCCUGAAGAGAAAUCAUCACAGGACUCCCCAUAUGUCUCACUAACAGCAGAUGUUUCUGUGACCAACAAACUGUCAAGUACCGAUGAAAGCAGGACUGCAGCCAAAGUCCAAAGAGAGUCCAAAGGCAAAGAAAACGAUACAGUGGAUGAAGCCCUGCGUUCCACCUCGGCUCUGUUAGGGAAUAUUCCUAAUAACAUCAACCAGGAGGUUUUGAAAAUGUUGGUGGAAAACAUUGUAAAGACUCAUGAUUCAACAUCUUCCUCCCAAAGCUUCACUUUAGAAGUCCUUCCUGACAUCUCCUCUGCUGUGGUGACUUUCCAAAGUGUAAAAGAAAACACUGACUUUUUGGCAAGAUGCCCCCAAAACAAGAUGUUCACAAAGAAGGGAUUGUCAGUCCGACCUCUCGAAGUCACCAAUCAAGUUCUAGUUCACUACAACAGUGAAGAAUACCUUCAUCCUUAUUUUGAAAAUGAAGGUGGGGAUGUGGAAGAUGUCAUAGUUAAUGAAGUAGAACAGUCUGCCGUCAUCACAUUUAAAGACCAUCAAGCUUUUAAAAAGAUCAUGAAGAAGAAGCAUUCCAUCAAGAAGGAAGAGAUCAGAGUUUAUCCUUUUUAUAAAUCUUUGGGAAGGGCCCUCUAUGGCAAAGAUAAGCCUUCACUAAAAUUUCCUGCUGCCAUCUCUGAGCCCAUCGACACCUUUGCGCAAUCUGUGUCAAAGUUCAAAUCCCUGAAGUUCCAUCCAGAUCCAGAGACAUGGGAAGAGUCUGAGAAAAAGCUCAGAGAGAAGCUACUGAAUGAAGAUGUGAUUGUUGUACCUGAUAAAGCCAGUGGUGUUUUAUCAGUGGCUGGUCUUGUCAGUGACAUCAACAGACUAGAGAGAGAAGAGAUUACUAAAGCGAGAGAAGUUAUAUUUAAAGCAGUACUUGCAUUAAAACAAAAUAAUCUGAAAAUAGAUAAUUACAUGCUGGAACUGUUAAAACAUGAGCAAGAAGAGGAGCUUACAGAUGCUCUCCUCACAUCUCAUCAAAUAAAUGCAGCAUUCGACAUCAGUGGAAACAGGGUGCAGCUAGUUGCUGUUUCUGACAGAGAUCUGUCUAAUGCUCAAGACCAUCUGACACAGUUGCUAACAUCUCAGUUCAUCAGUGUUGAAGACAGUAAUGUCCUGAAGAAGCCAGAGUGGCAGCAGCUGGUCAGUCAGUUAGAACAAGCUAACAGUAAACCAUGCAGGACUCGAAUCAACACCACUGCUCAACAAGUUGUGGUGUCUGGCUACAAGCAUAAUGUCAUAAAUGUUGGCCAUCAACUUAAUGACUUCUUAACACAGAAUGCUCAGAUUGAAGAAACUGUUGUGGUCAAAGCUGAUAUUGUCAUUGAAUACUUGAAACAUUUCAACACAAAUUGGUUGGAGAAAGUGAAAGACAAGGUGAAAGUGUCUUACAGAAAUGAGGCCAUCUGUCUGAGUGGUUCUAGAGUGGAUGUGACACGUUGCAAGACUGUAGUUGAAGGUGCAGUCUCUUCUGUAGUCUUUGACAGUCUGAAUGUCUACAAGUGUGGAGCAAAGAAGCUUUUUCAGGAAAAUGAAACUGUGUAUUUUUCUGAAAUCAAACAAAAAACUGGUUGCUUGGUCCAACUGGUUGAUGAGACUGGUGGAGGAGACAGCUUGGCCUUCAAACAAGUGCCAAAAACUUUAUACCAAUUUAAGACACCUGAAGGAGUGGAAAUAGCUGUUUGCAAGGCAGAUAUGUGCAGUUACCCAGUGCAGGCAAUUGUCAGUCCAUCUAAUCAAGACUUGAAACAUAAUGCAGGUCUUGCAGCAGCGCUUUUGAAGGCUGCUGGUCCUCAGUUACAGGAUGAAUGUGAUAACAUAAUUAAAACAAUGGGACAACUGAAGCCAGGAGACUGUGUCAUAACUGGUGCAGGAGGGCAGCUUUGUUGCCAGAAAGUCAUCCAUGUUGUAGGACCCAAGUUUGACAAAGAUAAACCUCAAACAGCCUGGGCUCAGUUGAAAAAAGCUGUUAAAGGAAGCUUAGAACUUGCAGAAACCAGUGGGUGUGUUUCAGUAGCUCUUCCUUCCAUUGGCAGCGGCCUUGGCUGCUUCCCCUUCAAGCAGUGUGAACUUGCCAUUGUCAGAGCACUGAAGGAGUAUUGUGAUGAAAAAUAUGAUGACAUCACCUUGCAGAAGAUCCAUUUGGUGAACAUUGAUGAUGUUGCUGUUCAGGACAUGGUGGAUGCUGUCAGACAGGAGUUUGGAAAUCUUGGUGUGACUCAUUCUCAACAAACUCUUCCCAAACCUCCUAAACCAUCAGUUUUGCAGCCUACUGGAUCUGACCUGUACUUCUAUCGUAUGCAAACCAAAGAGAGGCUGGACAUCAUUCUUAUAAAGGGAAGCAUAGAGGCUGCCAUGACAGAGGUGUUGGUGAGUAUGAUAUCUUCAGACCUUGACUUGAACAAAGGUGCAGUUUCAAAAGGCAUCUUGCGUGCAGCUGGACCCAAACUUCAGCAGUUAAUAAAUGCACAGGGUGCAAAUGGAAAUGUUGGUGAGGUCAUUGUUACAGAGGGCUGCAACCUAAACAGCAAAAAAGUAUUUCAUGCAAUUGCACCUCACUGGGAUAACGGCCAAGGCACAGCAGAAAAGUGUUUAAGUGGAAUCUUUAAGGAUUGUUUGGAGAUGGCAGAAAAUAAUAAUCUGACUUCCAUAUCCCUGCCAGCCAUUGGCCCUGAAAACCUGGGUUUCCCAACAGAUCUCAUAGCCUCUUUGAUGCUGGAUCAAAUCUUAGAGUUUAGCAAAAAGAAACACCCCAAGCACCUAAAAAGGGUUGUGAUUGUACUUCACCCAGGAGAUGCAGAAACUAUCCAGGCCUUCAGUGAUGCAUUUAAGAAGUUUCCCAAUGUCUCAGGUGGUUCAAGUUCUACAAAAAGUCAAAGGGGCUUCUUCUCCAAGUUAAUUUCGACUUCAGACAUGCAUGAGACUAAAAUGGGAAAUGUGACUAUACAGGUAUUUGUAGGAGACAUAACGAAGGAGACCACUGAUAUCAUUGUCAACUCUUCCAAUGAAAGCUUUUCUCUUAUGUCAGGAGUUUCUAAAGCUAUUCUAGAAGCAGCUGGCAAAACUGUUGAAGUGGAAUGCCGCAAUCUUGGUGUCAAGUCCACCCUGGACAUGAAAAUGACACAACCAGGUAAUCUAAAGUGUAAGAAGAUCCUCCAUCUGGUUGGACAGUCCGACCCAGUAAAAAUCAAAGAACUUGUGAAAGCUGUACUUCAGAUGUGUUUGAAAACCACCUAUACUUCUAUAUCGUUUCCUGCCAUUGGCACAGGUCAAGGUAAUGUAAAAGCGAGACUGGUGGCAGAUGCCAUGUUGGAUGCAGUAAUUGAUGUGUUGAGCCAAAACACCUUCAGUCCCCUGACCAAAAUCCGCAUAGUUAUUUUCCAAAAAGCUAUGCUAAAAGACUUCCACAGCAGUAUGCAACAGAGGGAAGCAGCUGAUCCUAAGGAUAAAGGACAGGGGACCUGGGGAGGCAUGAAAGCACUCUUUGGUCUUGGAAAGCAAGAUAAAGAUUUUGACAUCAAAAGUCUCAAAGUGGAUCCCACUUGCUUCCAUAUUUGUGGUGACACACAGGCUAAUGUAGAUUUAGCCAAGAAACUGUUACAUGACAAGGCAUCCCAAGAACGCCAGACCACCAAAAUAGAAGACAACGCCAUCCGUACGUUCUCUAAAGCAGAUCACCUGAAGAUUUUUGACAUGCAGAAGACCAUGGGCAUAAGCAUAAAGAUAGAAUGCAGUACACCCAAACCCACAAUCACCAUUGAAGGACUCAGCAGUGAUGUGCUUAAUGCUAAAGCUGAGAUCAUUAAGAUGAUAAGCAGGAAUAGAGAUGCGGAUAUUCCUGAACACUGGGAACCCGUGCCAGCUAACGCCACAUGUCAGGUUUUUACAGUACAGGCCAAGACAUCAGAAUAUGCUGAAAUCCGGAAGCUGUUCCAGGCCUCGAGCAAUCAUACUGUUACAAAGAUUGAGAGGAUCCAGAAUCCUGUAUUGUGGAAGAGUCUGCAGCUCAAGAAACAUAAGAUGGAGGUGAAAAAUGGUCAUAAGAUGAAUGAAAGACGUCUUUUCCAUGGCACCUGUGAAACAACUGUGCCACACAUUAAUGACCAUGGCUUCAACAGGAGCUACGCUGGAAAAAAUGCUGCAUUAUACGGCGAUGGGACAUACUUUGCAGUCAAUGCUAGUUAUUCUGCCAGUGACACCUACUCCAAGCCCAAUCAGAAAGGAGAAAAGUUUAUGUACGUCUGCCGAGUUCUGACUGGUGACUUCACUCUUGGAAAAAAAGGCAUGGUUGCACCACCGGUGAAAAACACCAGCACCGGCUCCACAGACCGGUACGACAGUGUUGUGGACAACAUGGCCAAUCCAGACAUGUUUGUUAUCUUCCACGAUGACCAUGCCUAUCCUGAAUAUUUGAUUACAUUCAAAUGAUGCAGCCAAUCAGCAAGAUUAGAAAUCAAAACUUGACCUACAUCAUUAAAGUGAACCUAUUAUGCUAAUUUUCAGCUCCAUACUUUUAUUCUUGGACUCUACUAAAGUAGCUGUAUAUGAUUCACAGUUCAAAAUAACCUUUAUUUACUGUCCUUGGUGGAUCCCUUUGAAUCAUCCUCUCACCAAAAUAAAACAAGCUUUUUAGCUCCCUUCCUUUUUAUCCAACUUCAUUCAAACUAGCUGAUCUGGCUUUUAAAUUUUUAAACCUUUAACCUUUUGUGCCCGAAGUCAGAAAAUCAGGGAUUACUUGAUGCUUAAUAUGAGCAUCUAUCAUUAUAACAAUAUAUGACACAAAAUAAUAUAAAAGCAUAACAGGUUCACUUUGACCUUUUGCUAUUUGUUAACACACAUUUUAACACACAUACCUGGUAUAAACUUGCAAUGACUACAGUAUGAUGUAACUGUUGUUUCUUGGAUUACAGUCAUCACAAGGGUCAGUUAUUGUAAGAUGCAUUAUGUGCCUUGAAAAUUAUUAUACUGUAAACUUACGGUUAUGUAAGCAGUAAUCACUCAACUGAAGAAAAAGUGUUCAAAAACCUAAUUUGUUAAGCUCUUUGUAUGUUUAUACACUGGUUUUUAUAAGUACCUUCUCUGUUCAUAAUGAUAAAAGUGUGUCUGUUAAUGUGUAGCUCCGAUUAGAUAAGAAUCACUUCUAGAUUUGAAAGAAAAACUCAAAUUUGCUGCUGUUUAAGUAAACAGGCUCACAUAAAUAAUCAAGCAAAACAAAUGUGUUGAAUGUUUAGUAUAUAAUCAAUUUAAAAUGGCUUACUUAAACUUCACUUAGUCUCUACUUUGUGACUGUUAGAGAAGCAGUUUUGGUAAGAUUUGACCUUAAAUUUGGAUUUUUAAAAAAUUAUCAUUCU